GCCGAAGCCGACCUGGCUGUGAUCUCGACAGACCGCCAUCGCCCCGAGCCUCUGUCGUCCCCGGACCGAUCUUGGGCAUCGGUCGAUAGAGCAGCUGCCAAGCCGAUCUGCGUCUCAACACCAGUACUCCCUCCGCUGCAGCCAGUCCGCCUCUCUCGGUCGCUCGCCAUGACACUCACGCCGAUUCCGCCCAUCUCGAUCGCCCAAGCACACCAGCCGAUCCUGGUUCAACAUCCGUCCGAGCGCACAGAUCCCAAGGACUGCGUCCUAUCCGAGAUCGUGCAGUACCAGUGCCGCAUUGAUCCUCACCGCAUCCUCUGCACCCCGAUUCGGCGGGUCUUUCAGUCAUGUGCUGGGAAGCCUCGAGUCGAGAUAACUCCUUUCCAAACCGACGCUCUCGUCAAUGAGCUGCUACCAAGCCAGGUCCCUGAGCACUACGUGCACUCCAACCCGGCUCCCCAGUUCCCGUUCAUGGAGCGAAGCGAACGAUACUGAGACCCGAGCUACAUCGGCGACCACAUUCCCCGCAAUCGACUACGACGGCCACUGGCGCACGGGUCGAUAUGCGCAUCGAUACCGAGCACAACAGAGCUUCGGCGGUUUCAGCGCCAAGCGGAUCGAGUGUGAUAGGGCUGAGGUGGCCCCUGCCACUAUGUCACCGAUGGUGUGGCAGUCUGGCAAAGGUCAGCAGCACCAGAGCAGCGCGGGCGAUUCGGCAAUUUUCCCAGCAUUCCUUGGAAAGGUCUCUGACCACCACUACUGUGCUUUGCUCCUGGUGCCUCUGUCUUGCUCACGGGCAAUCCCUCCCGAGCGCUCAAGCGAUCGCUGCAUCUACAAUAAAACUCUCGGCGCACAGCUUCACAUCCAUCCGCGC